AUGGAGGAAGGCGAAUUACCCGAAAACACGGGGCCGGCUGCCCACGCCCUUCCUGGACGCACGUUCGUUCCCCGGCCUCGACGAGCAGCGCUGACGGAACCGGCGCCGGUUAAGAGCGUGAUUCCAAGUCACUUGCUAUCGAAAACCGCUAUCGACAGUGAGGAGGAUGAUGAUGAUGUAGUGACUAUUAACUCGUCGCGGCUGGGGCCGAAAGGCGGAUCGCCAGCCGCAGCCAUAGGACCAGCCGCGGUCGACGCACCUGCCAGUAGGGAACGGACAGCCAGAACAGACGCGCCAGGCAAAACUACACCAACAAGAGCCGGAAUAGGAGCCGGCACCAGAGCGGACCGGGAUUCGAGCGCUGGUGGUAGUGGUUCCGAGGGCCGUCGUCCUGAUGGCCGUUGGGUUGUUGAUGGCGGUCGACUUGAGGGCGCUCGUCCUGAUGGCGGUAGGGUUGAGGGCGGUCGCCGCGGGCUGGGUUACAAGACGGUGAUGGAGGCGCGGGAGAACGCGGAUGGCGUGCGGUUUUUGACAAAGAAGGAGCGUGAGGCGCUGAAGGCGUACGAGGCGGCGGCGGAGCGGGAGAAGGCGGAGGAGUCGGCGGCGGCGGCGUUGCGGAAGCAACGGGAGUUCUUAAGCCAGGCGACGAGGGAAUCGAACCGGGAACCAGGCGGUUGGGAGCCGCGCGACUGGUGGUCGGCGGAAGCGGAAGGUCGGAGUGGAGAGCCGUGGCGGGAGUCUCGCAAGCGCGGGCUGUCUGAGACUGCAAGUGACUCGGGGCAUAUGGGUCCGAGCGAGUCCCCUGAUCCCAAGCUCUCCCCUGGGGAGAAUCGCAGGCUCUCCGCGGAAGAAACCUCGGCCGCGGCGACCUCGGGCGUAAGGGCCUCGGUUGUGGCGGGAGACUUGGGUAGGAGCCCGGCGCCAGAGUUGCCUCGGAGUCAUGAACAGGAAUUGGCUCAGUUGCGGAACCAGUAUUUGGGAAUCGCGAAGGACCGGCGGAAGUUGCAGAAGCCGUCGGAGAAGUUUCGGAAUGUGUUUCAGUUCGAGUGGGACUAUAAAGAUGACACGACUCGAGGCGACUACAACCCCGUGUACACGGAGCGAUACACACCGCAGCUGCUCUUCGGACGCGGCUACCGAGCGGGUAUGGAUGUUCGCGAACAGCGAAAACAGAACCGUUUCUACGACUCGCUUGCCAGCCGGCGCGCGGAGCUUCUAAGUCGGGGUCAAGUCGACGAGGAUGAACUUGACCUGGGCCGACUCUCGGUCACACAGCUGGUUGCACUGGACAGCGGGGGUCUCGGCAUCGGGGGCCUGGGUACCGGGGUGGGAGGACAGGUGCUGGGUUUACGUUCGGGUGCUGGGCGUCGAUCACUCGAGUUAAGUGGCAAUUACUCUGACGAUACAUCGGAUGGCGGGUUGUCGGAAGAGGUAGGUUUCUCGUCGGUGGACAAGAAACCGUUGGGGCAGAUGACGGAGCGAGAUUGGCGUAUUUUCCGUGAGGACCACAGCAUUGCGAUCAAAGGCACACACGUACCGCCGCCACCAGCGAGGAGUUGGGCGGAAGCGCAGUUGCCGCGGGAAAUAAUGCGUGCCGUGGAACGUGCCGGGUACGUUUGUCCUACCCCGAUUCAGAUGCAGGCGAUACCGAUUGCGCUAGGUUUGCACGACAUGAUCGGGAUUGCCGAAACUGGUUCGGGAAAAACGGCGGCAUUCAUAAUUCCAAUGAUCACCUAUGUUAACCGUCUGCCAAGGCUGGACGAAGAGUUGGCCCAACGUGGACCAUACGGACUCGUACUUGCCCCAGCUCGUGAGCUGGCGCUCCAAAUUCGGGAGGAAGCCGUCAAAUUCGGAGCGGAAUUAGGCAUUAAAAGUGUGUGUGUACUAGGAGGCAAAAAUGCCGAGGAACAGGCGUAUCGACUGCGCCAGGGUGCCGAGAUUGUGAUCGGGACGCCCGGUCGUCUGCGCGACUGCCUCGACCGUGCGUAUACCGUCCUAAGUCAGUGCAAUUAUAUCGUGCUCGAUGAGGCUGAUCGUAUGAUCGACUGCGGCUUCGAGCAGACGGUGAACUGGAUCUUGGACCAGAUCCCCAGUUCUAAGCCUCAGAACUGGAGCGAGGAGGCGAAGCAGGAGAUCAUGAGGCAGGCUGGCUACCGCGAGAUCCGCAUCACGCAAAUGUUUAGUGCUACCAUGCCGCCGGUGCUCGAGAAAUUGGCCAAAAUGUACCUCUGCAAACCCUGCGUCAUCCAGAUUGGCACGCCGGGCGAAGGCAAACGCUCGAUUGUCCAAAGCGUUGAGUUCGUGCACGACCUGAAGAAGGGUAAUCGACUGGUGGAAGUGGUGCGGCAACAUCGCGGUCGUAUCAUCGUCUUUGUAAAUCUUAAGAAGUCAGCGGACUCCGUCUCCAGACUUUUGCACCAACAUGGCUUCCGCGCAGUCGCGCUCCAUGGCGGCAAAAGCCAGGACGUGAGAGAAGCCAGCCUCGAGAGCUUUCGGAACGGAGACAUGGACGUGUUGGUCGCCACAGAUGUCGCCGGACGCGGUAUCGAUGUGGACGACGUCCAACUCGUCGUCAACUAUGACAUGCCCGCCGAAAUUGAGACUUACACCCACCGCAUCGGCCGCACGGGCCGGGCCGGUAAGGAAGGUAAGGCCGUCAGCUUCCUAACUGAAGACGAUGCUCGCAUAUUCUACGACCUCAAAAAUCAGCUUCUAGCCACCGAUAACGCCGUACCCAAGACCCUCAAUGACCAUCCACAAAGCAAUGUUAAACCGAACCCUGAAAGCAACCAGCAACACACACAACGGAAACUUCUGCUCAAUACCAGCGGACUCACAGCCAAUCUGCCCGCCACUCUCGCUAACCUGGCGCCCGCACUCAUCACGGACUAG